ACCCGUCUGACUUGACUGCCUCCUCUGGUCAUGAUGAUGGGGGCGUCUCCUCUUCUCCACUAACUCAUCAUCGGGGAUUCCUCAUAACAGACUCAGUUGUUUACAGCUUCAGAUCAGACAGGUUCAUACAUAGACACACACACGAACACACACACACAGCCGUCAUGUUCACCGGGACGCGGACGGAGAGCCGGGGGGACUCGGGGGUCCUGGAUGCUGCAGCUCUGAGGCAGCAGAGGAGGCUGAAACAGGCGAUCCAGUUCCUCCAUAAAGACUCAGCAGAUCUGCUGCCUCUGGAUGGACUGAAGAAGCUCGGGACAUCUAAACAGGGGCAACCACAUCAUAUCCUCCAGAAGCGCCUGCUGGAGGCCAAGUUGUCCCGGGGACAGAUGAACAUGUGUGGGGUGCCACCAAACAACGCAGGGGUCCUUGUGAGCUGUAGUUUCACUUCACAUGAAGAUGAAGACGAAGAGCAGGACGAUUUCAUCUACGUGCCCUGCAAGUAUUUAGGACAGGAGGUAAAUGUGAUGAUUGACACCGGCUGCAAACUGAACCUGAUGUCCUCUCUAACUGUGGAGAAAUUAGGUUUGAAAGCUCUGGUUGAGGAAAACAAAAUGGAGACGGAUGGGUUUCCAUUUCAGAGGAAGCUUUGUAUCGACGGACACAUCAGAGAAUUCCGCCUAACCAUCGGGCAUCGCAGAAUAGUGUGCUCCUUUGUCAUCGUAGAAAGUGACAGGCCGCUGAUGUCCCUGGGCAACAAGACAUUAAAGUCACUCAAGUGUGUAAUUGACACUGAAAAGCAGAUGUUGGUGUUUGGGACGACCGUGAGGGAGCAACUUCAGUUUGCCAAAAAAGCCAUUCAAUGAAAGUUCUUCUGAUUUCAGAGACCUGUGAUAACAACAACACACACACACACACACACACACACACACACACACACACACACACACACACACACACACACACACACACACACACACACACACACACACACACACACACAAAACACCAAAAGCAAUACAAUUAUUUACUCUUACAACUAGACGCCUCAUUGGGCAACAUCAGAUUUCUUACAAUUACAUCAAUUCACACUUUCUCUCUGCCUGUUUGCUGCAUUCAUCCACAGACUUCCCUUACACAGCAGUUCCUCAUGUAGCAAUACGUAGCAUUCUUGUAGCCCAUAAUAAUGUUUUAGCUGUCACUACAGUAGUAAGUAUUGUGCAGCUAGAAAAUAAAUGAUUAACAGAACUUGCAGUAUUUUAAGAUUCUGAUAGAAUUGUGAUUUAUAGCUAUUGUAUCUUAUAAAUAAGUAUCGUUCUGCCAGACAUACAGUAGUAUUCUACGUUAAUAGCUGGAAAUCUAGGAGAACAAAAGGUUGGAGGAUUUUAUUGUGAAGUGUAGCUGAAAAACUUAGCACAAUCUAUUGCAUACAACUGUUUAUCUACCGUAUUUUAUAAUGUUGUAAAUGUAUUUUCUAGUCCAAAAACAUGUAUUUGCAUUGAGGUCACUGCCUUUUAAUGUUUACAAAAUGAUAGUGGCACUUGUGAUGUUUGAUCAGGAUGUGACUGUAGCAAAGUGCAGCACUGAAUAUCUAAUAAAAUCCCCAAAUGAUUUGAAAGUU